CAAAUAGCUCAUCUUUUCCCCGGGACACUUUUUCCGGAGAGAUUUCUGACGGUAAGAGGAAGCGCGAAGAUUCCCGCCACCAUCACUUCGUUUCCCUCUUCGCUCUUUGCGGGAGCUUUCUCCGGCGCGGCGGGGCAAAAAAAGGACCGGCGCCUUGCGCAUGCGUCGCCCUUCGAUUUCUAUUUCUGGCCGCGGUGCCAUUUUGAUACCAGGCGGUGGUGAGUAAGCAGAAGCGGGUAGGAAGUAGUUCUCCAGGUGAGUUGAUUACCUUGGAUAACGCCCUCCCUGGGGAGGGAACCGAGGAGGAGGAGGAAACAAGCUGGAGCCAUGGGGAACACCACGAGUGAAAGGAUGUCAGGUGAGCGCCACAGUUCCAAGAUUCAUCGCUCAGAGGGAGCCAUCCACCAUGCCAAAGAUCAUUCACACAAGAUCAUGGUUGGUAGCACUGAUGACCCCAACAUCUUCAGCACGCAUGAAUCUAAGCUUCCAGGAGAAAAAGAGUUUGUAUCAUGGCACCAUGACUUGGAUGAGUCAGUUAAACCAGCCCAGCAGGCUCGUCCCACGGUCAUCCGUUGGACAGAUGGAGGCAAAGAAGUUUUCAUCUCAGGAUCUUUCAACAAUUGGAGCACUAAGAUUCCUCUCAUUAAAAGCCACAACGACUUUGUUGCUAUUCUGGAUCUCCCUGAAGGUGAACACCAGUACAAGUUCUUUGUGGAUGGCCAGUGGGUUCAUGAUCCCUCUGAGCCAGUGGUGACCAGUCAGAUGGGAACAAUAAACAAUCUGAUUCAUGUCAAAAAGUCAGACUUCGAAGUGUUUGAUGCUUUAAAAGUUGACUCCCUUGAAAGUUCAGAGACUUCCUAUCGAGAACUUUCUGGCUCCCCUCCUGGAAUUUAUGGCCAAGAAAUGUAUGUAUAUCGUCCUGAAGAGCGCUUCAGAUCUCCGCCGAUUCUUCCUCCCCAUCUCCUUCAAGUCAUCCUUAACAAGGAUACUAAUAUUUCAUGUGACCCAGCCCUCUUGCCAGAGCCAAACCACGUAAUGCUAAACCACCUCUAUGCGCUCUCCAUUAAGGAUGGCGUCAUGGUGCUCAGUGCCACCCAUCGCUACAAGAAGAAAUAUGUUACCACUCUUCUUUACAAGCCUAUUUGAGCCUGAUCUCUGUAGGGGCACAGGGACUGUUGCUUUCUCUGCAUAUGCCAGAAUACCAGUGGGCAUGAGGAUGGGUAGUCGGCUUCCAGAUCCUUUUAUUGGAGGCAAAGGUUUGGAUGACCCAGCCCCUAUCCUGAUUUUUCUGGAUGAUGGAGAUCUUCCUUCCCAAACAGCUAUUCAGGACAUACAACUUGCAUCUUGUAGUGGCACAAAGCUAGUAAAAUCAAGGUUGGGGUGUGUUAUUAUUAUCUCUUAGAUAUUGCAAAUUGCACAUGUGGGAUUGGCUUCUUCCUGGGGAACAUUAAGAAAUAAGGAGUCUGGCGUUGCAAUCUUCCCCCUCCCCAUUCAAAAGGAAAGAAAGUCCAGGGCUACCCUCUUUUCAAAUCAUAUGGCCAUUGUGUACACGUCAUGGUGGCUGAUGAAGCCUCCAGAUUCAGAGGCCGCAUAUCUUUAAAUGUUAACUGCUGUGGAAUAGCUCUUGACCUCAAGUACUGAAGCCUCUUCUAGCAGGAAGUGAGAUGUUAGAUUAGACAAAUUUCUGGCCUAGUGUAGUAGGACUGCUCUUACAUUCUCAAUAUCUACUGCUGCAAAACCCUGCGUGCUUGCCCAGUUUUGUGGGUGCUGCAUCAGUGUGAUAAAGCCCAGUCCUAGACUGCCUGUGUAGCUGAACCACUGCACCAUUCAGAAGCAGCUUCUCCACUGUUGGGUACACCAACAAAAGGCACUACAAUUGUGCUAGCUCCUGGGUUAAAUAGGUUUAUUCCAUCUGCUGACUAAGUGAGCCAAAAGACGUGCAGAAGAAGUGAUAUGGCUAGGUAUUGAAGAUACUGGCUUUGGGCACAUGGAACAAGCAUGCUAAGGGUGUUUCCACACGGUCACUGCUUUAUGGGAAAGAGGGGCUUGGAACUUUCCAGAGUUCAGAAGCAGCACAAAAAUCUUAAUUUUCAGUGCUGCUGACCUACAGCAAUUAGUCAAGAAGGGAAUACAGCCUCAUCCUGAACACCAUGAAAAUGAUCCAAUCAACCACUUGCCCAUUACAGGUGAUCCUGUUUUAGUACUUCCACUAUCUCUCCUUAAUCAAUAGAAAUUUUUAAAGAUUUUUCCUCUUUACUCUAGGUCACGUCUCAGGUUUAUUGUCGAGGAAACAUACCAGAUCAACUCCGUAACAUAAAUAUGAGGAGUAAGUUGUAGUUCUCCAGACUUUCUCUUCUUAUCAGUCAUCCAAAUAAAGCUACUGUCAAAAAUGUCCCCAGUUCUUAA